AUGGAGCUGCGGGGCGCGGGCGGCGCCGUGCCCUUACCGGACGGCGAGGCCGUGGUGCUGGGCCGGGGGCCGCUCACCGGCGUCACCGACCGGAAGUGCUCGCGCCGGCAGGUGGAGAUCGUGGCCAACUAUGCUGAGGGCACUGCCAGGGUCACCCAGGUCGCUGCCUUUGACCUGGACGGGACCCUGAUCACCACCCGCUCCGGGAAGGUCUUCCCCACGGGGCCUCAGGACUGGAGGAUUCUGUACCCCGAGGUGCCUCAGAAGCUGAAGCAGCUGCACCAGGAGGGCUACAAGCUCGUUGUCCUCACCAACCAGCUGGGGGUCUCCCGAGGUCGCCUCCCGGUCGCGCAGCUCAAGGCCAAGCUGGAGGCUGUCUGCCAGCUCCUGGCGCUGCCCCUGCAGAUACUGGUGGCAACUGGGCCAGGGAUCUACAGGAAGCCUCUGCUGGGGAUGUGGGACCACCUCUGUGAGAAGGCCAACGGCGCAGUCGCGGUGUCGGUGCCUGACAGCUUCUAUGUAGGAGAUGCUGCAGGCCGCCCCCAGCUGUGGGCCCCAGGCCGCAAGAAGGAUUUCUCCUGCAGUGAUCGAUUGUUUGCUCUCAACGCUGAGCUCAGCUUCCAGACUCCAGAGGAGUUCUUCCUGGGUUGGCCUCCGGCACCCUUUGACCUCCCGACCUUUGACCCCCGCAAGCUGCGCCACGAGGCCUCCCCCCCGGCCCCCCCCGGAGCCUCCCUGCUGGGCUCUGGCCCCGAGCUGGUGGUGGCCGUUGGCUACCCUGGGGCUGGAAAAUCAACCUUCCUGAAGUCUCACUUCGUCCCUGCUGGCUAUGCCUACGUCAACAGGGACAGCCUGGGCUCCUGGCAGCGCUGCGUGGCUGCCUGCCAGGCUGCCCUGGCCAGGGGCCAGCCUGUGGUGGUCGACAACACCAACCCUGACCCCGAGUCCAGGCAGAGGUACGUGGCCUGUGCCCAGGCAGCCUCUGUGCCCUGCCGCUGCCUGCACUUCACAGCCAGCCUGGAGCAAGCCAACACAACUUUCCGGGAGCUGACGCAGAGUGGCCACCCCCCUGUCACUGCCCCUGUGCUGCACAGCUACAGGAAGCGCUUCGUGCCCCCCUCCCCGUCGGAGGGCUUCAGUGAGGUCAGGGCUGUGCCCUUCGUGCCCUGCCUGGCCGCGGCCCCUGCCCCCCACCGCAGGCUCUUCUUCCUCUUCAGCGAUGGCUGA